AUGUCCUCUCAGGCGGGCUCAAGCAAGGAGGUAGUGGCACCCAACCCACAGCCGCCUCCGAAACCCCCAGAGGAACUGCCAAAGGAACUCCAAGGCGGAAAACUCAUUUUCUUCACGCUCGACACCCUGUUCAACCGUGACUAUGCUAUUGAGUGCGCUCUGAAGAGAUGCAUGGAUCUUAACAAAGACCUUGAAAGCAAAUCCAUGGAUGAACUCAAGAUAGCCUAUCGCGGUGCCAUGGACGCGGCGUAUCGACAGCACAUCCAAACCCAGCUCCGAGGGCCGCAAGCUCCGAUGGACAAAGUUGGAUUGAUAUUUCAGCAGCUCAAGCUCGAACUGCCGUCGCUGAGUGAUCGUAAGCUCCUCAGCAACGCGUUCGCCGCUGAAUUCAACCGCAAUCGAUCAGAAGCUACCGGCGCUUCUCAUCUCCUUAAGCUGCUGAAGCGUCUCGGGUACAGUAUCGUUGUUGUCGACCACGGUUUUGACUGGCAGGUUGUCAAGGAUCUCAAUUUCUGGCACGACGUCGGUGCUAUGAUACGUACAUGGGAUCUGUUGGUGCGCAAGCCUGACCGUCGUGUGUUUCAAAAGGCGUUGAAUGAAUGCCAAGUCUCUGCCAGGACUGCUCUCAUUGUUGGGUUUUCAGUGGAGGAGGACAUUUUUGGUAUCCUCGCUGCUGGCGCAGAGCCAAUCUUGUACAUGCCAGGCCAUAAUUACAUGACUAUGGAUGUUCGGGGCACGCGUGUUCCCGUUGUUCGUACUAUGGCUGAGCUAUCGUCGGAGAUACACCUUCGACCGGAAAACAGUCAGCUCGUACCAGCACAACAUAGCCAGGCACAACAUAACCAGGUACCUCCUAGACCACAGCACCCAGUCCACCCACCAAUGGUUUAUGAACCACAGAGCCGGGAAAAUCCGAGCGAUCAGAACGCUGCACCCUCAGCGGCACGACAGCGACUACCUCCGGUGCGGCUGCAUCCACUCACGCAAGACUAUGGGAUUUCUAGCUCAAAUCCUGCACAGAGAUCGAGUCCCAGGCCGUCGACACAGAGUUAUGGCCCCCGUGCACCAACACCAGCCACGGAAGUACCGACACCGAGUGGUCAGGUUUCCCGUAGAGUCAGACCUGACAGCAACUCGCCCGUCCAUAGCUCUGGGGGCUCGACGCCACGAGUGUGGCUACAUCCUCCCACCGAAGACUAUGGGAUUUCCAUCCGAAACUCAAACCACAAUGAGGAUCGGUAUCAGCCGCGCUCUCGGCAUGAUGGGUAUGGACAUGGGACUUCGAGGGACAGGUACACAGACCAAGGCGGAUAUCCACCUCCACCUCUACCUCCACCCAGACCUCCGUCUCCACCACCCACCCCCCGAAGCCACACCAGCUAUCAAGAUCUGGCAGGGCCUUGGCCAGGCGGACACGGGUACGAGACCUCGAGGGGCGGGUACACCACCCAAGGUGGAUACCCACCUGAACCCUCGGCCCAACAUGAGAUCGUAGAUCCAGAGCUUAGAGACGUUGCUCAAAGUAUUCUGGACCUAGCACGAGAUAUCCGACGAACUGGUUCGUCUUCCGAGGAUGUCGAUACAUAG